AUGGAUACAACGCACAUCUCGCCCACAGCCCUUGCCAAUCAAGCCGCUUCGGGUCCUUCCAGCAAUCUUCAGGAGAGCAGCAGCAGUAGCGUCAAGAACCUCAGCUGUCUCCAAUGCCGCAAGCGCAAGACACGAUGCGACAAAAAGUACCCUUGCUCGCCUUGCGUCAUUCGCGGUGAUGCAUCCUCCUGCACUCAGGUCCAGCAGACCAUCGCUUCCAUCACCACCUCAUCAGGCGCACUCACUUCUCCGACGCGAGAAAUGGCACCCUUGCUUCAUCGCAGCUCCUUUUCCGAUCACCAUGUUCCCGGUGUCUCUGCUUCGGGUGCCACAGCUGCUGCUCGAACAUCUUCGUCCUCUUCUUCAAAGCUAGAUGUUCAUGAUUCCGACUUCGCUUCCGACCGCUUCAUCAGUCUAGAAGCAGAGCGUUUCUAUCGUCUGGAAGCCCGCAUGGACCGCAUGGAGCGCUACCUAUCCACCAAUCGUCUACAAGGCAAUGACGCUCGACUUGCUUCCACCACCUUCGCUGGCGCCGAUCAGCAGGACGACUUUGAAGUCUCGCACCCCGGUCACUCCAAGCAGGAGGUUCCCGUCGGCCAAGACAUCCAGGACCUCUUCGAAGAUGCCGCCAUGGGCCGCAAGCUCAAACUCAAAAGUCUCCCCUUUGGCGCCGUAGACGCCGCCAUGGAUGGCGAAGUCAAGGACUCCGAAACCGACGAGGAACACGUGCUCGACCAGCGAUCGGCAGACUCUCCCGCAGACGUCGCUUUCCGCUUCGCCCAAUUCCUUCCCCCCAACACCGACAUCCUCCUCGACUUCUACUUUGCUCAGGUGGACUGGACCACGCGCGUCUUGCCUCCAGAAAGCCCCACCGACUUUUUGGAGCUAUCGCAGAUGAAGCCAGAACAGCUCGCCACAUCUUCCGUUCCGAGUGCCCUGGUCUGCUGCUACUUUGUCGUCAUCGCCAUCGCGCUCCACUUUUCAGAGGCCACGCUGCUCGAAAAGGUGGGCAUCUCCAAACGCGAGGCUUCCCGACUCGCAGAUACGCUCUGCACAGGCAGUCAACAGCUGCUGUGGUCCUCCAACUUCCUUCAAUCCCAACAGCUCGAGCAUCUAGCCUGCAUCUGUUUGCUCGGUGUCUAUCAGCACAACCGCAAAGAGCAGUCCGACGGUCAAUGGGCCCUUCUCGGCUCGGCCAUCAAAGUGGCCCAAAACAUCGGUCUCGCUCGAUUGGACCAUGGCGGUGCACCGCACAAACCGUCGGCGAGCAUGAGGACCGAAGCACGUCGGGAGCUCGGACGACGAAUCUGGUGGAACUUGACGUGGCUCGACUGGUCGCAUUCGGUGGCCCACUUUGGUGUCUACUCGGUUCAUCCUUUGCAGAAUCGCACCAACCUGCCCGCUAACGUCGAGAUCCACAAAGACAGCCUCACGCUCCAUUCUCCUGACGUAUACACCCACUCUUCGGCCAUCACGAUGCGCAUGCGCUACGUUACCAUCUACCGCGAGAUUGUCGAUGUGUCCAACGAGCGGCCUACGCUCUCGCGUGCCCAGAUCCAUCGCUUCGUAAGCAAGCUCAACGAGGUGCAUGACUCGACGCCCGCUUGUCUGCGCUACGCUCCGGAUCGCACCUUUGAGAAGCCAGACCAAGCGAUGGAGUCGGUCAUGCUCGAACUUAUGUACCUCAACCGCAUCUUGCGGCUGCAUCGCAUUCACCAGCUUUCGGGCUUCACCGAUGACGAGUGGCGGUUUGCACGCAAGGCCUGCCUCUCUUCGGCCAGCUGCAUCAUCCGCAUCUUGUCGCUCCAGGAUAGCGUCAUCCACAAGUUCUGGCUCAGCACUUUCUACCUUCUCGGGGCUGCGAUGGCGCUCGUCAUGGAGCUGUGCUGCGCACGGCAACAGGACCUCGACGCGACCUCGAUCCGCGCGAGCUUGUCCACGGCGGUCUCGUUGCUGUCCAAGGCGGGGCCGGGAAGCGAAGCGGCCCGCAACUCGCGACGCAUCCUCAAAGAACUGCUCAGCGCCGAAAACAGGAUUCGAGCUGCAUUCGCUCGCUUGGGCGGCCUGGAAAGGAUUGCCGAGGAGAGGCUAGAUACAAGCGGAACCAAGGACGUCUUCUUGGAUGUGCUGCAGAAGGUCUUUAGCAGCACGUCAAGAUGCAAGCGCAAACGGGGCAUGGACGAAGGCUCGAUCGGUGCGCAUCAGGCGAAGCGUCGGAUGGAAGCAUUCGAUUCUGCGCACCACACGCGCGAGUCGAGUGUGUCGUCAACGGCAGGCGGGAACCAUGUUCGUGCUGCCGAUGGGAAUGGACAUGGGAACGGCGCUGGUGGUGGGAUGGGUGGCAUGGAAGGGGCGUACACCUGGUUGGAUUCGGACAACUUCUCUAGCUUGGCAAGCGAUGUGGUAGGCAAGCCGGUGGAGGCAUUGUCGGUUGGUGACGGCACGGUUGCGUCGAACGAGAGCGACUGGCAAGGGGAGCAAUCGCUCUUUCCUUCGCUAGACGGGAUCUUGUCGGGAGCGUUGUCGAUCGAUGAAUGGCUGGGCUCGUCGUAUCCGUUCGAUCAUUUGUAA